CAUUAGGUCGGUGAAAAAGAUAUAUAAAUCCUACAUCGUGUUCCUAGGAACCGAUUCACAGUAUACCUUCUUGCUUGUCUAAUUCACUUUCAUUCUUCAUCUUCUCUCUUAAUCAACAAUCUUCCGCAAAUCACACACACAACACACCUUUUCAAUUUCAAUUUCUUCAUAACCGCCGUAACAGACACAAAAAACCCCAACCGAAAACCCUUGAAAUCGAACCGCCGGUUGAUUUCGUAAUCUCGAUUCGAUUGUUUGUUGGUUCGAUCAAUCAAUCGUGACGCUAAUCGGUUGUAUACAGUGGUUAUUGAUUGUACGAUUAACGAAUGCUUUUUGUUAGGUUUGUUUUAAGAUGAAGUUGAGGAGAAGGAGGCAAUCGGAAGUGCCUCCCAAAAUCAAGUCCUUUAUUAAUGGCGUAAUCGCUGUUCCGCUUGAAAAUAUCGAAGAACCCUUAAAAAGCUUCUUCUGGGAUUUUGACAAGGGUGACUUCCAUCACUGGGUUGAUUUGUUUAACCACUUUGAUACCUUUUUUGAGAAAUACAUUAAACCAAGGAAAGAUUUGCAACUUGACGAUGGUUUCUUGGAGUCUGACCCUCCGUUCCCAAGGGAGGCUGUCCUGCAGAUUUUGCGUGUUGUAAGAACGAUUUUGGACAACUGCACAAAUAAGCACUUCUAUAGUUCCUAUGAGCACCAUCUAUCUUCUCUACUGGCUUCCACAGAUGCAGAUGUGGUUGAAGCCUGUCUGCAAACGCUAUCAUCGUUCUUACGGAAAUCAAUCGGGAAACACAUAGCACGUGACACGUCUCUAAGUUCAAAGCUAUUUGCUUUUGCACAAGGUUGGGGCGGGAAAGACGAAGGGUUAGGGUUGGUUGCGUGUGCGUUAGAGAACGUAUCCGACCCCGUAGCCCACGAGUUGGGUAGCACCCUCCAUUUCGAGUUCUAUGAUAACUCGGCUGCGGAGAAGUCAACCCAAGGGUUACAGAUAAUACAUUUGCCGAAUAUCAACACUUACGAAAAGCCCGAUCUUGAACUUUUACAUGAGUUAAUCGAGGAGUAUAAAGUACCAAGUGGUUUAAGAUUUUCACUUUUGGCAAGAUUGCGGUUUUCAAGAGCCUUUAGUUCCUUUACUGCUCGCCAACAGUAUACAUGUAUUCGUUUACAUGCGUUUAUAGUUCUUGUUCAAGCAUGUGGUGAUAGUGACGAUUUGGUUUCUUUCUUUAACACUGAGCCGGAGUUCAUCAACGAAUUGGUUGCACUUUUGAGCUAUGAAGAUGCAGUUCCUGAAAAAAUCCGUAUUUUAAGUCUUUAUUCAUUGGCUGCUCUUAGUCAAGAUCGUUCUCGCCAGCCGACUGUGCUGACAGCUGUCACAUCCGGUGGACACCGUGGCAUCUUAUCGAGUCUCAUGCAGAAGGCUAUCGACACUGUGGUUAGUAAAUCGUCUAAAUCGUCUGUUCUGUUUGCUGAGGCGUUACUCUCAUUGGUCACAGUUUUAGUUUCGUCUUCUUCGGGGUGUUCUGCCAUGCGUGAAGCAGGGUUUAUACCUACCCUUUUGCCUCUUUUAAAGGACACGGAUUCCCAACAUUUGCAUCUAGUCAGCACUGCUGUACAUGUUCUAGAAGCUUUUAUGGAUUACAGUAAUCCCGCUGCUGCUUUGUUUCGGGACCUUGGUGGGUUAGAUGAUACAAUUUCCCGAUUAAAAAUAGAAGUUUCUCAUGUCGAAAAUGGCACUUCUGUCCAGAUAGACAGUAGUAGUUCCUCAUCGGAGCCUCUCUAUUCUGAAGCUAUGGUGUCGUACCACCGGAGGUCGUUAAUGAAAGCUUUACUUCGCGCUAUAUCGCUUGGAACAUACGCACCUGGAACCACUGCGCGUGUUUACGGCUCUGAAGAAAGCUUGUUACCGCAAUGUUUACAUGUGAUUUUCAAAAAAGCUAAAGAUUUUGGCGGUGGGAUGUUUUCGCUAGCGGCAGUUGUAAUGAGUGACCUGAUUCAUAAAGACCCGACGUGUUAUUCGAUUUUAGAACAAGCGGCUCUUCCGUCUGCGUUUCUCGAUGCUAUAAUGGACGGUGUGCUUUGUUCUGCCGAAGCGAUAACAUGCAUACCCCAGUGUUUGGAUGCUUUAUGUCUAAGUAACAACGGCCUUCAGGCUGUCAAAGACCGUAAUGCUUUAAGGUGCUUUGUGAAAAUAUUUACAUCGCGAAAUUAUCUUCGUGCUCUUAUGGGUGAUACUCCAAGUUCAUUGUCUAGUGGUCUUGAUGAGCUAAUGAGACACGCUUCUUCGUUACGCGUGCAUGGUGUCGAUAUGCUGAUUGAGAUUUUGAAAACCAUUGAAAAGCUCGGUUCUGGAGUUAAAGAUUCUUUUGUUCCAAUGGAAACUGAUGGUGAAUCCAGCAAGACUGAAGAUCCCGAGAAGCUUGUAGACUCAUCUGCUGAUACGUCUGUGGUGAAUGUCGAGUCCUUUUUACCUGAAUAUGUUAACAAUGCUGCUCGUUUGCUUGAAACAAUUCUUCAAAAUUCCGACACGUGUCGUAUAUUUGUCGAGAAAAAGGGAAUCGAAGCUGUUCUGGAGCUAUUUACUUUACCUCUAAUGCCAUUCUCAGUUUCUAUCGGGCAGAGCACGUCAAUCGCGUUUAAAAACUUCUCUCCGCAUCAUUCUGCGUCUCUUGCUCGAGCGUUAUGUUUGUUCUUGAAAGAGCAUUUGAAAUCGACAAACGAGCUACUGGUUUCUCUUAAUGGCAUGCAGCUUGCACAGGUGGAAGAUUCGAAAAGAACGAAGGUAUCGAGAUGUCUUUCUAGCCUUGAAGGAAUUUUGUCUCUAUGUAACUCGUUGUCUAAAGGGACUACUAAUCUUGUGUCCGAACUCGGGACAUCUGAUGCUGACGUGUUGCGAGAUCUCGGAGUUGCUUAUCGGGAAAUACUCUGGCAAGUUUCGAUUGGUUGUGAUUCGAAACCAGAGGAAAAACAGAGUAACGAAACAGAAACUGAACAAGUUAAUGUUAAUAGUACUAGUAGUACUGAUACUGCCAUUGUUGCAAGCGAUGAUGAUACGAGUAUGCCCGUAGUGAGGUACAUGAACCCGGUUUCGGUUCGUAAUAGUUCACACCCGCACUGGGGUUUGGAACGUGACUUUGUUUCAGUGGUUCGCUCUGGUGAAGGGUUCAGUCGGCGCAGCCGACACGGGUUAGCUCGUAUACGAGGAGGAAGAACCAGCAGACAUCUAGAAGCCUUGCACAUUGAUUCAGAAGCUUCCAUGGGUAACCCUGAGACAAGUUCAAGUUCUUCACAAGAUGUAAAGAAAAAGAGCCCGGAGUUUGUUGUUCUCGAAAGUCUUAGCAAACUUGCUUCCACUAUACGUUCUUUCUUUACCACGUUAGUGAAAGGUUUUCCGUCAUCUAACCGCCGAAGGGCGGAAACUGGAUCAUUAAGUACGGCUUCGAAAAACAUUGGGACUGCGUUAGCGAAGAUUUUUCUUGAGGCGCUUGGUUUCGCUGGGUACACGACGGGUUCGGGUCUUGAUAUGUUGUCGGUUAAGUGUCAUUAUCUCGGGAAAGUGGUGGAUCACAUGGCGGCGUUAACGUUUGAUAGUAGGCGGCGGAUUUGUUAUACGGUAAUGAUAAAUAACUUCUAUGUUCAAGGGACUUUUAAGGAGUUACUCAACACGUUUGAAGCUACAAGUCAGUUGCUAUGGACGUUGCCUUUUUCCGCUUCGACGUCUGGAAAUGAAAAUACUGAAGGAAAUAAAUUGUGUCAUACUAAAUGGUUACUCGAUACGUUGCAGAGUUACUGUCGGCUUUUAGAGUUUUUUGUUAACUCGACUUUUCUUUUGCCAUUAACCUCUACGUCUCAAGCUCAGUUGCUUGUACAACCGGUGGCCGUUGGGUUGUCAAUUGGGUUAUUUCCGGUUCCUCGAGAUCCGGAAGUUUUUGUUCGUAUGUUGCAGUCUCAAGUUCUCGAUGUGAUACUUCCUGUCUGGAAUCACCCUAUGUUUCCAAGUUGUAAUCCGGGGUUCAUCACAACAAUAGUGACACUUGUCACUCAUAUAUACUGUGGUGUCGGUGAUGCAAAACGAGCUACUGGUGGUGGUUCUGGCGGUGGUAACCAGCGGUUCAUGCCGCCACCUGAUGAAGCCACUAUCGCCACCAUUGUGGAGAUGGGGUUUACGAGGGCAAGAGCAGAGGAAGCGUUAAGAAGGGUUGAAACGAAUAGUGUCGAGAUGGCGAUGGAGUGGUUGUUUACUCAUGCUGAUGAUCCCGUACAGGAGGAUGAUGAGCUGGCACGAGCACUUGCUUUAUCUUUAGGAAACUCAUCCGAAACUCCCAAAGCAGAUAAUAACGCCGAAAAGUCAACCGAUGUUCAAACAGAAGCGGUGGAAGCCGAAGCCAAGACACCAGCACCAUCUAUUGAUGACAUUCUUGCAGCGACUAUGAAGUUGUUUCAAAGUAGCGAUUCGUUAGCUUUUCCCUUAACUGAUUUGCUUGUUACUUUCUGCAAUAGAAAUAAAGGCGAAGAUCGCCCGAAAGUGAUGUCAUAUCUUAUCCAACAGCUAAAACUUUGCCCGCUGGAAACCGCUAAGGAAACCAGUACACUCUGUAUGAUAUCACACACGUUGGCGUUAUUUCUUACCGAAGACGUUGCCGCUAGGGAAAUUGCUGUGAAAAGCGGCAUCGUAUCUAUAUCGAUAGAUAUCUUAACGAAGUUUUUAGCAGAAACAGAGUCCCAAAACGAGCUUACGGUACCAAAAUGCAUCAGUGCGCUUCUUCUUAUAUUGGAUAAUUUAUCGCAAUCCAAACCGAAAAUAUCAUCUGAUAGCAAAGAAGUAACAGAAGAUGAAGAGAAAUCUGCUGAUGAGGAAAAUAGCAAUAAGUUUGAAAAGAUGUUCGGGAAAUCUACUGGUUAUCUUACUGUUGAAGAGGGUAGUCGUGUGGUUAACGUUGCAUGUGAUCUAAUCAAACAACAUGUGCCUGCUAUGGUUAUGCAAGCGGUUUUACUACUAUGUGCUCGUUUGACAAAAACGCACACCCUGGCUUUACAGUUUCUUGAAAACGGGGGUAUGGUUGAUCUGUUUAAUAUACCGAAGACUUGUUUUUUCCCAGGAUAUGACACAGUGGCAUCUGCUAUCAUCCGACAUCUCAUCGAAGAUCCUCAGACGCUACAAACCGCAAUGGAGUUGGAGGUAAGACAGGCGUUGAGUGGCAGCCGUCACGGCGGCCGUGUUCCUCCGCGUGUGUUUUUGACGUCUAUGGCACCUCUUAUUUCGCGAGAUCCCGAGGUGUUCAUGAAAGCGACGACAGCUGUAUGCCAGCUGGACACGACAGGUGGCAGAACCGUAGUUGUGUUAUCCAAAGAAAAAGAGAAAGAAAAGGAUAAAGCGAAAGCUCAAGGUGUUGAAAUUGGACCUGAAAAUAAGUCCCAGGAUACGCAAAUAAAGUGUGGCAAAUCCCAGAAGAAAAUUCCUGCUAAUCUUACGCAGGUUGUCGAUCACCUGCUUGAAAUUGUAAUGAAAUAUCCUUCACCGAAUCUUGUGGGAGAUUCAGAUUGUGCUCGAUCUGAUAAUUCCAUGGAGGUAGAUGGUUCUGCUGUAAAUAAGGGUAAAAUGAAGGUCGAUGAUACACCGAAAGAAUACGGCAGCCUGUCAGAAAAACAAAAACCGGCUGAUGGGUUAGCUAAGGUGACUUUUGUCCUUAAGUUGUUGAGUGAUAUUCUUCUUAUGUAUGUACAUGCAGUCGGAAUAAUUCUAAAACGCGAUCUCGAAAUGCACGGUGGGAUAGUACAUCAUGUCAUGCAUCAACUUCUACAUCCUUCGUUAGAUAAGAGUAAAACAUCUGGAUCUGAUGAAUGGAGAGGGAAAUUAUCUGAAAAAGCCUCGUGGUUUUUGGUGGUUUUAUGUGGUCGAUCAAGUGAAGGGCGUAGGCGUGUGAUAAACGUACUCGUUAAAGCUUUGUCUUCGUUUGCCAUGUCAGCAAGCAGUUCGUCCAAGAACGUUUUGUCGCCGGAUAAAAGGGUGCUUGCUUUAGUUGAUCUGGUUCAUUCGAUUCUAUCGAAAAAUUCGUCGUCUAGUAAUGUAGCGGGGUCUGGGUGUUCGCCCGAUAUAGCUAAAGGAAUGAUUGACGGAGGAAUGAUUCCGUGUUUAUCCGGCAUUCUUCAGGUGCUGGAUUUAGAUCAUCCUGAUGCCCCAAAAGUCGUAAACAUUGUUCUGAAAGCGUUAGAAGGGUUAACGCGUGCCGCCAAUGCAGUGGAGCAACUUGCGUUAUCCGACUUGGUCAACAAGAAAAAGUCCGUUAGUUUGGGUACCGAAUCUGAUAACCAGACGGUUAAUAUUUCAGUCAAUCAGAUACCGGAGGGUGUUGAGAAUGGCAGUGGUAAUGAGAUUGCAGCUACCGAUGAUGCUGAGCAACAUCAUGAAGGAACAAAUCAGGAUGAAGGCGAUCAUGAUCAUGAAUCGAAUUUAAACGAGUCUGCAGAUCCGGAAUUGAGAAUUGAAAUGGAUGAGAUGGAAGACGGUGGUGUGUUACGGGAUUCGGAUCAAAUUGAGAUGACGUUUCAUGUCGAGAGUAGAGGUGGAGGCGAUAAUACCGGUGACGAAGAUGAUGAAAUGGGAGAUGAUGGCGAGGAUGAAGAGGAUGACGACGAUGGUGAUGAUGAGGAUGAAGAUAUAGCCGAAGAUGGUACUGCUUUGAUGUCAUUGGCUGACACGGAUGUCGAAGAUCACGAUGAGACCGGAUUAGGAGAUGAGUAUAACGAUGAAAUGGUUGAUGACGAGGAUGAUGAUUACCAUGAAAACCGUGUGAUUGAGGUGAGAUGGCGAGAGGCUCUUGAUGGUGUUCUUGGUCAACCGGGAGCCGAGAGCGGACUUAUCGACAUCGCUGCAGAGCCAUUUGAAGGAGUCAACGUUGAUGACCUUUUUGGUCUUCGAAGACCAAUUGGGUUUGACCGUCGCCGCCAGCAGAGCAGAACCUCAUUCGAGAGAACUGGUACAGAUGGGAAUAACCAUAACAGUCUGCAACAUCCUCUUUUAUUGAGACCUCCAUCACAGUCCGGUGAGUUGGGUCCAAUGUGGUCAUCAGGUGGCGGCAAUGGUAAUUCUUCUCGGGAUUUGGAAUCUUUAUCUGGCGGGAGCUUUGACGUUUCCCAUUUCUAUAUGUUCGAUGCUCCUGUACUUCCCUUCGAUCCUGUACAAUCUGUACAAUCUACUGUGUUUGGGGACAGAUCUGGGGGUGGUGCACCACCAUUGGCUGACUUUUCCGUCGGUUUGGAGUCCUUACGUGCACCUACACGAAGAGGUCCAGGUGACGGCCGGUGGACCGAUGAUGGUCAACCACAAGCAGGUGGUCAAGCUGCUGCUAUUGCACAGGCUGUAGAAGAGCAUUUCAUGUCUCAGUUAAACACAACUACUUCUUUAGCCAAUGAUAAUCAGCCGGUAGCAGAUGCUGUUAACAACGAUGCUCAGCAGACCGAAGUCCCACAUGAAGAGAAUGAUCAAAAUGUUAAUCAGGUGGCUGAAAACGUUGAACAAACACCAGAAGGACAAGCAAGUGGGCCCAGCCCUGAUGCUACAAACAACACGCCAGAUAGUCAUGAUAACAUGGAAAUCGGUGAAGCAAAUGUUAACGAGCAACAGGAGUUGUCAACACCUGAUGAAGAGGCAAGCAAUAAUACGCGCACUUCUGGUGAACUUAAUGCCGAUGUUGAUAUGAACAACGCUGCUGGAGGGGACCUUUUACCUCCAGUUGGGGUAACCGAGGACUCGUUAUCUGAACAAAACACUCACAUUGAGGAUGGUCAAACUGGUCAAACCAGUCAAGCAGAUGAUAUUGGUGCAACUAACAUAGCUCAAAGCACAAACGGCAUAGAUCCAACUUUCUUGGAGGCACUGCCUGCAGAACUUAGGGCAGAAGUCCUAGCCUCACAGCAAGCUCAAUCGGUCCCACCUCCGGUUUCCGCUCCCGCGCCUACUCCCGCUACUGCUGAGGAAAUCGAUCCGGAGUUUUUAGCCGCCCUUCCUCCAGAUAUUCAAGCCGAAGUUUUAGCUCAACAACGUGCACAACGGGUUGCACAUCAAGCUGAAGGGCAGCCCGUGGAUAUGGAUAACGCUUCGAUUAUCGCUACUUUUCCAGCUGAUUUGCGCGAGGAGGUGCUAUUGACUUCUUCAGAGGCAGUUCUUUCAGCAUUACCAUCUCCAUUACUUGCUGAAGCACAAAUGCUUCGGGAUAGAGCGAUGAGUCACUAUCAGGCUCGUAGCUUGUUCGGAAACAGCCAUAGACUCAAUAAUAGACGGAACGGGUUGGGAUUUGAUAGACAGACGGUAAUCGAUAGGGGAGUUGGUGUUACGGUAGGACGAAGGGCGUCAUCUGCUCUUCUAGAAAGCUUGAAAGUUAAGGAAGUUGAGGGGGACCCGCUCUUGGAUCCUGACGCUUUGAAAGCAUUGAUUAGGCUUCUACGUCUAGCACAGCCUCUUGGGAAAGGCCUUCUACAGAGACUCUUCUUGAACUUAUGUGCACAUAGCUAUACAAGGGCAGUUCUUGUUUUUCUUCUACUCGGCAUGAUAAAAAUCGAAACUGAAGGCCCUUCAGGUGGAUUAACAACAGUAAAUUCUCAGAGGCUGUAUGGGUGUCAGUCUAAUGUUGUUUAUGGCCGAUCACAGCUUUUAGACGGUCUCCCACCACUAGUACUGCGUCGGGUGUUGGAGAUUUUGACGUAUCUGGCUACAAAUCAUUCCUCUGUUGCUAGUUUGCUGUUCCAUUUUGAUUCUUCACUUGUUCCCGAGUCCUUGAACGUCACCUACCAUGAUAAAAAGAACGAUAAGGGAAAAGAGAAGGUUGUUGAAGAACGAGAAAUAUCUCAUCCUGUUGGAUCUGACGGUGAUAUUCCUAUAUUAUUAUUAGUAAAGCUCUUGAAUCAACCACUAUUCCUUCGCAGUAUCGCCCAUCUAGAACAGGUUAUGGGUCUACUUCAAGUGGUUGUAUACAAUGCUGCUUCAAAGUUAGAAAGCCAAUCUACUACCGAACAAGAACAAGCAGUCGCCAGUUCCCAAGGUCCACCUGGCGAUGAAUCCGCUAGUAACCCACAACACGAUUCUUCCUCAGCAGGAGCAGAACCGAAUCAUGAUGAUACAGCCGUCAAAGACGGAUUGUCCACGUCAGACGGCCAGAAACACGUUAAUAUGUUCGACAUCUUCAUGAAGCUUCCACAUUCCGAUCUACAGAAUCUAUGCAGCCUUCUUGGCCACGAGGGGUUAUCGGAUAAAGUUUACCUGCUUGCCGGUGAAGUUCUGAAGAAACUAGCCUCGGUUGCUCCAUCGCAUAGAAAAUUCUUUAUUACCGAGCUUUCGGAUCUAGCUCAUAGUCUGAGUGGGUCCGCUAUUCGAGAACUCGUCACGUUAAGAAACACACACAUGUUGGGGUUAAGUGCGGGGUCCAUGGCUGGGGCUGCUGUGUUACGGAUCCUGCAAACGCUUAGCUCGCUCACUUUACCUGAUACCGAUGUCGGCAAUUCGAAAAAUGACGACAAUCAAGAGCAUGUUACUAUGUGGAAAUUGAAUCAUUCACUUGAGCCUUUAUGGCAAGAGUUGAGUGAGUGUAUAAGCGUGACGGAAACACAGCUGGCACAGGGCUCGUUUUCUUCGGUUAUAUCCGAUUCCAGUUCAGGUGAACACGCCCCCGGUGCGGGUGCGGCAUCUUUAUCGUCUCUGCCACCUGGCACUCAGAGGCUUUUACCUUUCAUCGAGUCGUUUUUGGUGCUAUGUGAAAAGCUUCAAGCAAACAAUACCAAUCUACAACAAGAUGACGCGUAUGCAACAGCACGCGAAGGGAAGGAGGUUUCCGGAAGUUCAUCGCCAAGUGGAACCGGAAUAGACGGUGCUGUGACAUUCGCUAAGUUUGCCGAGAAGCAUCGACGGCUAUUAAACGCUUUCGUGAGACAAAAUCCCGGGUUGUUGGAGAAGUCGCUUUCGAUGAUGCUGAAGGCACCGAGGUUAAUCGACUUUGACAACAAACGGUUGUAUUUCCGCUCCAGAAUCCGGCAGCAACACGAUCAACACUUAACGGGCCCGUUACGGAUAAGUGUUCGACGAGCAUACGUUCUGGAAGAUUCCUACAAUCAGCUCCGGAUGCGGCCCACCCAAGAAUUAAAAGGACGUUUAAAUGUUCAUUUUCAAGGUGAAGAAGGUAUAGAUGCUGGUGGAUUGACGAGAGAAUGGUAUCAAUUACUGUCUAGAGUUAUAUUCGACAAAGGAGCUUUACUAUUCACAACCGGAGGAAACAAUGCUACUUUCCAACCGAACCCCAAUUCUGUUUAUCAAACCGAGCAUCUUUCAUACUUCAAGUUCGUGGGCCGGGUGGUUGCGAAAGCUUUGUUUGACGGGCAACUUUUGGAUGUUUACUUCACUCGGUCCUUCUAUAAGCAUAUUCUCGGUGUGAAGGUAACAUAUCAUGAUAUCGAGGCUGUUGAUCCCGACUAUUACAAGAACUUAAAGUGGUUGCUCGAGAAUGAUGUGAGUGACAUACUAGACCUGACAUUUAGCAUGGAUGCUGAUGAAGAAAAACACAUCCUCUAUGAGAAGACGGAGGUUACUGAUUAUGAGCUGAAACCGGGUGGAAGAAAUAUAAGGGUGACAGAAGAAACAAAGCAUGAGUACGUGGAUCUUGUUGCCGAACAUAUACUUACAAACGCCAUACGUCCUCAAAUUAAUUCGUUUUUGGAGGGGUUUAAUGAGUUGAUACCGCGUGAACUCAUUUCUAUUUUUAACGAUAAAGAGCUUGAGCUGCUGAUAAGUGGACUUCCAGAAAUAGAUCUGGAUGAUUUGAAGGCCAACACCGAGUAUACAGGAUACACAAUCGGGUCUAGUGUAGUUACGUGGUUUUGGGAGGUUGUUAAUGCAUUUAACAAGGAAGACCGGGCUAGAUUGCUUCAGUUUGUGACCGGUACAUCAAAGGUUCCGUUGGAAGGUUUUAAGGCGUUGCAAGGUAUAUCAGGUCCACAGAGAUUUCAAAUUCACAAAGCUUAUGGAGCUCCAGAGAGGCUGCCGUCAGCUCAUACUUGCUUCAACCAACUAGAUCUUCCUGAAUACACUUCAAAAGAACAGCUCCAGGAGCGGUUACUACUUGCGAUCCAUGAAGCCAGUGAAGGUUUUGGAUUCGGGUAACGAUGUUGGGAUGGGUGUUAUGGUGUCGGCCCAGUAGCAUCGCCGUUGCCCAUUGCUGUUAUGUAGAUAUAAAGAAUGAACAUUGAUUAUGCAUCACCAUGCAAUUUGAAGAACGCGAGUCCUUUGGAGAACAGGAGUCAUGCAUGUACCAGAAGAACAUAAUAAGAUGAUGUCCCGAGCAAUUUGUAGCAAGGGAAUGCGGGUUGCUUUUCGCUUCAUGCAGACUAGAAUAAAAAAAACAUGAAAAGAUCCAUAGGUUUCUUGUAAAUCCUAGCCCUUUUUGGUUGGUUGGUUGGUUAGUAGGUCUUGGUCAAAUUUGAUUUUGUGAUUUAUGGUAUUAUUAUGUAUUUGAAGCUUUGUGAAACCAUCUUUGGUUCAUUUUCUACUUUCUUAAAAGCUUCAAUCAUUCUUUGCA